AUGAGUGAUAAUGAUAUCGAAUCUGAAUCAUCUAUUAAUAGAGAAAAUUCUUUAAUAAAUUCUGAUACUUGGAUCGAUGAUUACAAAAAACGGAUUCGAUCACCAGCAGAUCAUUAUGAAAUAAAACCCACUAACCGAUUUAUUCUGAACGAUAAACUAUUAAAAGAUUUUCCAGAUGAGCCCGAUCAAAAGAUAAUCAAAGAAUAUAAAAAAACCAUACAAGAUAAAAAUAGACCCAUUACAAAGUAUUCAAGAAAGAAAAAUAGUAAUACUGAUACAUUUUAUCAAAGAAAAGGAAAGCAUAGUCGUAAUAUAAAAUUUGCUAAAAAUUUAUUAACAGCGACACAAAAAUUAGGAAACAAUGAACUUAGAAAAAAUUUUUUUAAUCGGGCAAAAUUUACGAUGUCUAUAUUGACUGAUAAGGACAUUAUACCAAUAAUAGAUGAGUUUAAGGAGUUAUUUAAGGAUUUUUAA